CGCGUCUCGCCCUCGCGCUCCCCCUGUCUCCGCCCGGCACUUUGCUCUCUGCUCCUGCUGUCGAUGCUUGUGGUUUUGCAGUCUGGGAUGGGCUGCAUCCUGGGCAGAUCUCUACCUGCAAGGAAUGCCCCGCUUUAAAGUUGACCGCCUGGCCAUGCCAGACAACUCCUGUCCAGGUGGAUGUGGGAAGAGAAGUUUACAGAACUGAAAUGGAGGUCAGAGCUUCAUUACAGAAGGUUAGUGGGUCAUCGGAUUCUGUGACUGCACUGAACAGUGAAGAAUUUGUUUUGGUUCCUCAGCAUGCAGAUGAUCUUUCUACAAAAGAUGAUGAAAAACCUGAACUGAAGAUAGUUUCUAAUGGUGAUGAACAAUUGGAAAAAGCCAUGGAAGAGAUUUUGAGAGAUUCUGAGAAAGGGCAAAGCAGCCUUCUUGUUGAUUGUUCAAGUUCCAGUGAGAUUUCAGACCAUUCAUUUGGAGAUGUUUCAGCCAGCCAAACAAAUAAGCCAUCUCUUCAGUUAAUUUUGGAUCCGUCAAAUACAGAAAUUUCUAAACAUAGACCAUCUUCUCCAGGUGGAAUAGCUGAAGAAGAUAGUGUUUUAUUUAACAAACUGACCUACUUAGGAUGUAUGAAGGUUUCUUCCCCACGUAAUGAAGUGGAGGCUUUACGGGCAAUGGCAACUAUGAAAUGUUCCAGUCAGUACCCCUUUCCUGUUACUCUGUAUGUGCCAAAUGUUCCAGAAGGUUCUGUGAGAAUCAUAGACCAAUCUAACAACGUGGAGAUAGCAUCUUUUCCAAUCUAUAAGGUGUUAUUCUGUGCACGUGGACAUGAUGGAACAACAGAGAGCAAUUGCUUUGCAUUUACAGAGAGCUCCCAUGGUUCAGAAGAAUUCCAGAUACAUGUUUUCUCCUGUGAAAUUAAAGAGGCAGUAAGCAGAAUUUUAUAUAGUUUCUGUACAGCAUUCAAACGUUCUUCUAGACAAGUUUCUGAUGUCAAAGACUCAGUUAUUCCUACCCCCGACAGUGAUGUGUUUACAUUCAGUGUCUCCUUGGAGGUAAAAGAAGAUGAUGGAAAAGGAAACUUUAGUCCUGUGCCUAAGGAUAGAGAUAAAUUUUAUUUCAAAUUAAAACAAGGAAUAGAGAAGAAGGUUGUGAUUACAGUGCAGCAACUUUCUAACAAAGAAUUAGCUAUUGAAAGAUGUUUUGGAAUGUUAUUAAGCCCAGGUCGAAAUGUGAAGAACAGUGACAUGCACUUACUGGAUAUGGAAUCCAUGGGAAAGAGCUAUGAUGGGAGAGCUUAUGUUAUCACUGGCAUGUGGAACCCCAAUGCACCAAUAUUUCUGGCACUUAAUGAAGAAACCCCCAAAGAUAAACGAGUGUACAUGACUGUGGCAGUGGACAUGGUAGUCACGGAGGUGGUGGAGCCUGUCCGCUUUCUCCUGGAGACAGUAGUACGUGUGUACCCUGCAAAUGAGCGAUUUUGGUAUUUCAGCAGAAAGACUUUCACAGAGACUUUCUUCAUGAGGUUGAAACAGUCUGAGAGAAAAGGCCAUACCAGUGCUGGAGAUGCAAUAUACGAAGUGGUGAGUCUACAGCGAGAGUCUGAGAAGGAGGAACCAGUCACACCUACUAGUGGAGGGGGUCCACUGUCACCGCAGGAGGAUGAAGCAGAAGAGGAGAGUGACAAUGAACUCUCAAGUGGAACAGGUGAUGUGUCUAAGGAUUGUCCUGAGAAGAUCCUAUAUUCUUGGGGAGAAUUACUAGGAAGAUGGCACAAUAACCUUGGUGCACGACCGAAAGGGCUGUCCACUCUGGUGAAGAGUGGUGUUCCUGAAGCAUUGAGAGCAGAGGUAUGGCAGUUAUUAGCAGGCUGCCAUGACAACCGGGCAAUGCUGGAUAGGUACCGACUUCUCAUCACAAAGGACUCAGCCCAGGAGAGUGUUAUUACUCGAGAUAUUCAUCGUACAUUUCCUGCACAUGAUUAUUUUAAAGAUACCGGAGGAGAUGGCCAGGAAUCACUCUAUAAGAUCUGCAAGGCCUACUCUGUCUAUGAUGAAGACAUUGGGUACUGUCAAGGACAGUCUUUCCUUGCUGCUGUGUUGCUGCUGCACAUGCCAGAGGAACAAGCGUUCUGUGUGUUGGUGAAAAUCAUGUAUGACUAUGGCUUACGAGACCUCUACAAAAACAACUUUGAAGAUCUUCAUUGCAAAUUCUAUCAGUUGGAGAGACUAAUGCAGGAGCAGUUACCGGACCUGCACAACCACUUUUCUGAUCUGAACCUGGAAGCGCAUAUGUAUGCAUCCCAGUGGUUUCUCACUCUUUUUACUGCCAAGUUCCCACUCUGCAUGGUCUUCCACAUCAUUGACCUCCUGCUUUGUGAGGGUUUGAACAUAAUCUUUCAUGUAGCGUUGGCUCUCCUAAAGACCUCAAAGGAAGAUCUUCUGCAGGCUGAUUUUGAAGGUGCUUUGAAGUUCUUCAGAGUUCAGCUUCCAAAGAGAUACAGGGCAGAGGAAAAUGCAAGAAGGUUAAUGGAGCAGGCUUGCAAUAUUAAGGUACCGACCAAGAAAUUAAAGAAAUAUGAGAAAGAAUAUCAGACCAUGCGAGAGAGCCAGCUGCAGCAGGAAGACCCAAUGGACAGAUACAAGAGGGAGAACCGGAGAUUACAGGAGGCCAGCAUGAGGUUGGAACAAGAGAACGACGACCUUGCUCAUGAACUCGUAACCAGCAAAAUCGCUCUGCGGAAUGACUUGGAUCAGGCAGAGGACAAGGCAGACGUGCUGAAUAAGGAGCUCCUCCUGACCAAGCAGAGGCUGGUGGAGACUGAGGAAGAGAAGAGGAAGCAAGAGGAGGAGACGGCGCAGCUAAAAGAAGUCUUCAGGAAACAGCUAGAGAAGGCAGAAUAUGAAAUAAAGAAGACCACGGCGAUCAUUGCUGAGUAUAAGCAGAUCUGUUCCCAGUUGAGUACCAGACUGGAGAAACAGCAAGCAGCCAGCAAGGAGGAGCUGGAGGUGGUAAAGGGCAAGAUGAUGGCAUGCAAACACUGCAGUGACAUUUUCAGCAAGGAGGGUGCUUUGAAAGUAGCGACCAUAAGCAGAGAGGACCAGGGAAUUGAAUCAGAUGAUGAGAAGGACUCUCUUAAGAAGCAGCUGAGGGAGAUGGAGCUGGAAUUGGCACAAACCAAACUGCAGCUGGUGGAGGCCAAGUGUAAAAUCCAGGAACUUGAACAUCAGAGAGGAGCCCUUAUGAAUGAAAUCCAAGCUGCAAAAAACUCUUGGUUUAGCAAAACCCUGAACUCGAUCAAAACGGCCACGGGCACGCAGCCGCUGCAGGUGCCACAGGCCGCCCAGCCGCCCAAGGAGAGCACAUAGUUCCCGCCUCGCCCGAGCACAAGAGCACAAGAAUCAGAGCGCCGGAAGCCCGGGAGGCGUGUCCCUGGCGUCCCUCUGAAGGGAAGUAAAGGAGGCCAGAGAGCAAGCCAGACUCUCAGUAACUCUCACUCUUUCUCGUAUGACACUUUUCAAAGGGAUGUUCUUUAAACUAAGCUGAUUUAUGUUGCAUACCUGUCUCUGAGCUUCUUCAUGGAAGGCCAUGUUCAGAUCCAUCAUAGUACUAUUAUACAUCAUUUUAUAUGCCUGAUGUUUGGUUGGAAAUCAGUAAUUCAGAACUAAAUACUUUUUACUUAGAACUAAUUACCCAUAAUUAUUUUUAUCUUAGCAUAAAAAUGGAGGUGUCUUUUAUUCCAAGGUUGAAGUGAUAGGGAGAUAUUUGUCACAGAAAAAAAAAAAGAUUGAAACCUAAACCUCUUAACUUUUCAGGAUUUAUUUAGAUAAAGCACACUGUGGGGCGGGUCGUGACCCCUGUCAGGCAGGUUUCUUCGUGAAACUGAUUCCCUGGAUAGUGAUGAUCCCAUUUGAAAGAAAGAAUGAACAGACUUGGGAUUGAACAAUUCCCAAAGAGAAUGAGUUUAUUUUUGUUUUCUGUUGGGGAGAUCUGGAGAUGAAGUGCCAAGAACUGUGGAAUUAGAUAGGCUAUUGAGAACACCAACCAGAUAAAAGGAACUGAUUUUCAUAAACGCAGGAUCAAAUGAAUCGUUUGGGGCCUGGUAUUCUAACAGGUCGUCUUAAGAACUCCACACAGGAACUGUAAGUUCCCAUGUAUGAAAGCUGUGACUUCUGGCAAACAGAGUCAGGAGUGGACUCUGUGCGUUGCAUCUUUAGGGAACCUUCACCAGAGAAGCCUAGAAAGACCCAGGAACAGCCAUUGUGCUUAGACUGGAAUAUAGGACCAGAGACAGAGUAUUUCAUUUAAUGUUGACAUAUACUUGCUAAAGAAACACUAAUAUACAGUAACUUUGUUAAAGUUAUGAAGUGGGAAAUAGAGGUCAGCUUCGUAUCAUCUUAGUUUAAUGUUAGGCAAGUUUUUCUGAUUUCUGUAGCUUCCUAAAAAUGUGCCCUUGGUACCCCUAGAUGAAGAGAUGCAAAUGCAUUUGUAACAUUUUUGAUUGCAUAUAAAACCUUUAUAGAAAUACUUAUCUCAUGGAAAGGUAAAGCUAUUGUUUAAAAGUUGAUGGAAAUAUUUUUUUCAAUUAUAUUUAACAUGUCUUUAUAAAUAGUCCCUGCAGGAAAUCCUUUGGUAAGGGAAAAACUAAUUUUCCCAUUUUUUUUAAGCUACAACAGAGGCCUUUGGUCCUUUUAAGCCAACCAAACUGCUGUCAGCUGUGUAUAGUAACAUUUGUUGACACUCAUCCUUAGCUUCAUUGUUGAACAUGUUCUUUGCAAGGAUCUUAAACUCUGUAGUGCCAAUGCGAUUCUCAUCUGUGCCAUACGUUGCAGUUAAAAGUAACACACUCUUGGAAGUAAAAAUCACAUAAGGGCCAUCUCCGCUCCGGAGCAUGCACGGAGCAUGCACUACAGGUUGCUUAUGGUUGGUCCUUUCCUCUGAGAUGAUCAUUAAACUCUCAAAGUGAAGUCCCGUUCGUGGGUAUGUGUUCAUAUCAUCUACAGCCGUAAACCUGAUGUGGUUGUUUGUUAUCCUUCAUUACACUCAUCAAAUAAUACUUUUCUUACAGAAUUCUAUUUUUUUUUUUUUUUGUCCUGACAUUUUCAUCAUAGUUUUCAUUUCCUUUCACCCAAUAGGAAAACAACUCAGCAUUCAGAGUAUCUGUGUUGACUUUAACAUUCCCUCUGUGGUGGUUUACAAAAUUCUUUUUUUUUUUUCUUGUAAAAUAUAAUGACUGGAAAAUUGCAUCUUGGUACUUGUUUCUGUAAAUCACUUAGUAUAAUUUGUUAGCUUUACUGGUACUUCAUGCUUUGAUCUCAAGAAGCCUUGUACAAGUUGCCUUAUCAAAUGGCUAGCUAAAUUAAAGAUGUUCUUUUGUGUUUUGUGAAUCUCAUAAUUCUACUGUACAGAGCUCUUUUUACAUUUCACAGAAUGCCUAAAUUGCCUAAUUUCCCUUGAAUGGUAAUUGAGAGAGAAAUAGGAUGGCUCUGGGUCCAGCCCUCACCUGUAGCCCUGGCUCAGUUUCAUAGCCCCUUACAUUGUUUUCUUUAAACAAAAUCACCAGGUACAUAUAUUCCAGACAUUUAAUAAAUCUUUUGCAUUUUUUUAAACUUUUUUAAAAGAUUAUAAUGGCCAUCUAUAGUUUUUUCCUUCUCCAGUUCCAUAUCAUAUGUAGGUAUGUGUACUGGUACCAUAGUCUAAAUUAUCCCUCACUGCAAUGCCUUUUGGGUGAGUAGCAAUAGCAAAUACAGAACGAAAGAAUAUGGUAUUUUUCAUACAAUGUUAUAAUAGCGCUGUCCCAAACCACGUGUCCGUCACCAUGUAUGGUUUGAAAACGCAUCCGAGCAUUAAGCAACAGCUAGUUUCAAUUUCUCUUAUCUUGAAAUAUAUUUGAGAAUUGCUUCUUUUUUCUUGAUCCCUUUUAGAAAGAGAGCGACCAGCCCAAAUAUCCAGAAAAUUUUCAAAUAUUCUAGAGUGUUUUUAAUCUUUUUCUAGGAUACACUGCAUCAACAUUCCUCCAAAAAUCCAACAUUUGCAACAUUCUGAAAAGUGAUGAUUUCUCUUUUCAUUAAAUUCUGCAGAAUAAAUUAAGGGAAUGAAAUUCAAGUUGAUAAUUCAGUCAUUACCUUUUGUAUCUUGAGAAUCUUAACACAUUCCUUAAAGCUGAAAGAAACCAAGCUGAACUUUGCAGUGCAUAUGUUUGCUGGCUUCCCACAUCCUGAGCCAUGGCACAAUUUGGUUAUAUUUAGUUACAUAUAAUUUAAUGCAAAGAAGUUCUCAAUUACCUAAAGUUCUGUACAUGAGUGCCUAUCAGAAACACUAACAGGAAUGUCAUACAGGCCUAUGGCCUGCCUUUCCAAGCGACCGUCUCUCUCCUCCCCUCUCCCAGCUACUGAGUUAGUAAUUUCUUCUUCAUUGGCUUUCUUAGAUUUCCAUAAGAAAGUAGAAAAGUAAUCUUUGUACUGAUGUUGGGAUAUUUAAUAGUAUUUAUCUUGUUUAAUUGUUUUAAAAAAUUUCAUUCUCUUAUACUAUGUAUUAAUAUUUAUUUUUCUCAAACCUUUACUCCAUUUUCUUAAAAUAUUUUCCAGUUAAGAACUAGUGGCUUCAUUUUCUGGCUAAAGUGAGAAAAACAAGAGACUACACAAUUUAGGGCAUGAGAGAUGAGAGAUCCUGAGAGGAGGUGGUUAGUUACUGAGGAUGAGAAUCACAGAUGUAACUAACGGAGCGGUUUGAGUUUUUCUUUUUCUUCAGCUGAAAUGAGCUACUAUUUCUUUAGCUACUAUUUUGCUAAGGUGGUUGUCUGGUUUCGGGACGCUUUUAGAGAAAAAAGGAGCUUUUAAAAAGUUAAAUACCUUGUUUGUUUUAUCUCUCUGAAAAAGAACUCAAUUACUUAGUAAGGUGAUUCUAUUGUAUAACUUACUCUUUUAAAAAAACUACUCUAAAAUAGCUCCGAUUCUCUUGCUUCAAUUACAAGUAAAUGAGAGCAUGGACAAGCUCUGUUGUUUGAUUUGAAUGCUGUGAGAUUUGUGGUGUGUGUGUGUGUGUGUGUGUGUGUGUGUGUGUGUGUGUGUGUGUGGUUGGUAUAAUUUUAUAUGGAGUAUCCCUGCCUGUUUUGUAUACCCAGGUACCAUGCAACUGAAUACGCACAUGGCGAUCAGAUAGAAGGCCAGACAACAGCUCAGUGGUCUGUGUUUCCUGCUACCAGAUACAAAACUCCCUCUAGUUGCCAUGCUGAUGGUCAGACGGAAGUGGAACUGCUCCAGAACAUCCUUCCUCUCUCAUCGUGGCUUCCAUACAACACAGGCAAAGCCCUUACCUUAGGAAUUUCCUCAUCUUUCAAAAGCUACCAAAAUGAAUACUUCGGUGUGGGCUGCGCCUCAGUAGGAGAUGAUCUUGCACAGCAAGGAGGAAAGUGGGAAUUUACGAGUAGCUUAGUGACUACAGUCAGCUGUCAGGCGUUCCCUUCUCAGCUUCCAUCUAAAAGACCAUGUGUCAAGCUUAUCUACAGAUGAAUUUGCUGCCUGCGAAUUCAUCACCAUGUCCCACUCUCCCCACCUCCACCUCUGGUUUAUCAUUAGUGGUAUUCUGAAAACUUUUAAGAAAAAAGAAUCAAGAAUCAUUGAGUAGAAAAUGAACAUUUUAAGUUACUUUCCAUCUCAUUGGCAGUAAGUUAACACAUAAAAUCUUUUCUGUUAAAACGUAACUUUUAAUAACUAUAUGUUAUAUAUGGAAUUAAAUAUAGGAAACUGAAUGAUAAGGACAUAAAUGCAUCAAGACUCUGGUGUCAGGAAAGCACAAGGAUAAAGCCUGGAAAUGGUCCCAGAAUCCAAGAGCCCAAUAGCCUUUGCAUCAGUUUUUCUAUUUUUGGUAUUUUGCAUAAUGUAUGGAUCCUUAGUUCGAAUAAGGAAAAAAGUUUCUCAGUCCGUCCCACUUCCUUUCUUCCCACUCCUACCUUCCCCUUGCUGAGGAGGUAGUAGUAAUUUUGUGCCACCUACUUUUAUGAAUUCUAUGAUUUUUCCUAUGGCUUCUCCAAAGAAAAUAGGUUCCAGGAUAAAGGAGUUGAUUAGCCCAAACAGUGGUAAUUGACUACAGAAGAAAUACUAGUGAGCAGCCUCUCUCUAUAAGUACUGACCAAUUAGAUGUUUCCAUAAUUCCAUGUAUCAUGUAUAGUACACUCUAUAAAUGUAAAUGUAAUGCUUGUUCAGAAAAGUGCAAUUUAUUGUACAUUGUCCCAACAAAUGUUUACUUUUAUAAUUGUUAUGAACUUGAAUUGGGCUUUAGUAUCUUGUUUUUCUGUGUGAAUGAAGCCUUGUGAAACAAACAAAUGCAACCGAGAAGGUGGCAAGGUGACUGUUUUUGUGAGCCAGUGAUGUUUUCAAUGCUUUGUGUUGCCCCUUUGGCCCCAUUAAGCAGUAAUAAACAUUUGUUCUGAGGUCCA